AUGGGUUCAAGGAAGAAGACUAGACGAUACGAGGCUAGCAGAAGAAAUGGUCACUAUACUCCUACCCAGCAAACUCCGACCAGCUCAUCCAGUGACAAACAUCCUCCAUCCAUUACUAAAGCACGAAGACGUCUUCAAUUUGGUAGGAAGCCACCAAAAGAUCGUGGUAUUCCAGCAACAGUAUCGGAUUCAGAUAACACUGAUGAAAAAAUUGAAAGCAAACCCUCAACGGAUAAAGAAAUCAGGUUAAAUGUUCCCAAUAAAGAACCAGUACAAACCACACCUUCAAAUACCAAGCCACCCCCCAUUAACACGAAACGGCAAAACUCCGGUGUAAGGUUAAAGAAAGAACUAGAAUUUUUAUUGGAUGAUGCUGAUCACGUGGUUUACCCAGUCAGGUUAAGGUCAACUCUGCAUUCCUUGAUGAAUUGUAAUAGAAACCGGAAAGAAGAUGUUACAACUUCAAACAAAUCUCAAAAAGUUAUAGAGUUAUCUCCACCUCCCUCUUCCAGUAGACAACAUUGA